AUGUUCUCCGAUGAAAUGCAUUGUAAUUACGCGCGUACGCGCGCGCGAACUUCGUCUAAUUUGAGAAUCGGUUUCUUGAAGCGUUAUGCCAAUAAAAGUUUCGUGGCGAGAAAAAUACUCGAAAGUUGCAAAAAUAAUAUUCCAAUUUGAAAAAUAAAUAUAUAAAAAAAUAAAUUUUGGUUGAAAAUAGGGUAUUUACAUUAGGACAAGCUAUGCCAAAGACAUAAGAAAUGUUACACCUUUGUAAAGUUUUUUUGUCGGACACUCAUUAUUUCUUGCACCAACAUCAAUGGAGUUUGUUUAUAAUUUCUGCGGUCUGCUUUUGACUUUCGUUUUGUGUUUAAUAUUCCCAUCACUCCCCUUAUUCAUUUAAUGUCGUCUUCGCUUUGAAAGAGUUCUCUCGCAAAUUGUUAAGAGAAUUGGAAUUGGGUUCGUUUUCCGAGCAGUUUAUCCAACUGUUCUUUCGAUCUGAUUUUAUUCCAUCUUUUCUUAUGAUUCACUUUUUAUCUCUGCAGAACACUCAUUAUUUUUCCAUACGUGAUCAUUUACAAAGAUUAUAUUGAUUUGAAGCUUUCUAAUUAAUCCUGGAUUUUAUUAUCUUGCAGAGUGGUUCAGUCGGAGCCUCCAACCUUUAUUUCUCCGCCAUAAAAAAAUUAAGUUAUAUAAAAUUAAGGCUAAGACAUCCCAUUUUUUGUCUAUUAAAAAUGACGGGUCCAUGCUACUUGAUAAGGUAGGAAGCUCCGGGCGAACCAACUUGUAUUAUAGUCAGUAAUUGGAUUUAUGCUUGCUUUCCUAUUUUUCUCAAAGAAUUCGGGUUCUCAUUCGCCGCUUGGAAGAUUUUGGAGAACGCGUGUCAUUAUACUGAUUCCAAUUACUGGAAAAACCAGCUUCGGCGGUAAUUGAGUGAGAAAGUGCCUUUGACUUGCAUAUUGCAAACUUUCUCCUGAACUCGGCGCGCUUAGCUUUGUGAUGGCACUUUUUUUGUUCUGUUUGGAAUCCGCAGCGUAUGUGACCCAUUGAAAACAGCUCUUCCUCUGUCGGUCGGGGGUUUCUUCCCCGGCUACUUCUUUUGGGUGGCUGGCUUGUUGCGCGACACGAAAGUCAAGGAAAGGGAGAGAGAUCGAGCUGCAGACCGAAGACGACCCUCCUCUCCAUUCCUCGAUCAUUUUUAAACGUUACGUUCUUUGACAUUUUAAUAUCGGCUCUGUUUUCUUUGUUAAUUUAUUUUUUAUUAAAUGUCUACAUUUCAGUGGCCAUUUGGCCAGUCAUGGCUUAUGGUAUCAGAACAUGGAUGCCAUUCGGUCUCGGACUUUUUAUGGGUUCGUUCUUAGCAUUCCUUCUCUACACAUCAAAUGAUCUCGAAAAGGAACUCAAGGUUGAGUCUGUAGAGGAUAUUCAAAGAUUUGUAAACUGGGAAGUCCGAGUUCAAAAGACUUUUCCGGUGGGAGGUGUCAAUAGUCAGAAUACGCAGAAUAAGGUUUGUAAUAACUUUUUUUCCUUACAUCAUCCGUUUCCUCUAGGUUGUUAGAUCGCGAUUUGCGGCAACAGAACUAGGCAUCCGUGACCGCUUAAUCCUAAUCGUAAUGGCCCAAAGUGCUCUUAGCGUCGCUUUAAAUGCUUCCAUUGGCCAGCAUGUUCCACGAAUGCAGAUUUACGCUGAUGCUUCCCGGAUUGAUGCAGAUAUGAGUGUUUUGACGAAUCUCAUUCCUUAUCGACUGAAUGGAUUGUCAGGGCAACGUGCCCAUGUCCAUAUUCUCAAUUCUAUAGCUGAUCAGGUAACCUAAUUUUGUGGGCUUAAUAUUAAUAGGCUCUCCAAGAUAACUACGACUGGUUCUUCUUCAUCCCGGACACGACAUAUGUUAAUCCAUUCGAAUUACUGCGGCUGAUUAAACGACUAAACUGGAACAGACAAACCGCCUUAGGACAGGCUGACACUGAUGGGAAUUGCAUCCUUGAAGCUGGUAUCUUGCUGUCCAAUACUGCAUUCCAGGCUUUGUUACAGUAUGUUCCCCAUGUGGUUUGAUUAUUUCUUUAGACAACGGCAUCUAUGCCAAACAAUCGUCGCGGCUUCUGAUCAACAGGCCUUCGAGAUGUGUAUUCGGCAUACCACAAAUCUUGCAUGCCAAUCUAAAGAUCAGGUAAAUUCAUUCAUCUUAUUAUGGCCCUUGUUUGUUGUUUUCCCUUAUUUAUUUUAUUGUUUAGGGGCAAUCUCAUCGAUGGUGGCGUGUAGAAGAGACUGGUGAAACUGGAUCGGCCAUCCAUGACCACGUACAUUGGCUUGCUUCCAGCAGAGAAUUUAACAAUACUUUGACGGUAUCUCCUUUACUCAGUGAACAAGACGCCUUCACUCUUCAUGAGCACUUUGUGAAUGUCGAGAUUGGACGGAUUACGUCUGAAAUCAAACGGACUUCUCAAGAGAUAAGGGUUUUCGAGGAGGAAUUAGAUGGAGACCGGAGCUGGCCCAUAGGUAUCUCCUCGAUUACCCGGCCUCCUAAUCGAUGGCAAGUUCCAGUCUGGGAAUAUUUCACCGAACUGGACAUCUUCAAGAACGAACCGACGCAAAACUCUCGACCACUGACAGGGAAUGAUGCCUUAGAUAUCAGGGAGGUAGUGGAAGUGGCCAGGAGGAAAGUCGAGGUCGAUCUAGAAGACGGGAAUGUGGACAUCUCAGAAGUGUUUAAUCCCAAUAUCAUGGAGUUUGUUCAAUUGAGACAUGGCUACCGGGUAUUUAACGCUAAGAGAGGGAUGGAGUACAUAGUGGAUCUAGAGUAUAAAUGGUUGAGGGAUGAGAAGCGGGAGCCUUUGGUAAAGCGACUUCACGUGUGCCGUCCGAUUCAUUUUACUGAGUUACUGCAUCAGGUACGUAGUUCCGUGAGGGUUUAUGCUUGAUGUUUAGGUGCCCUAUGUGAAGGAAGACACUGAUAUUACGAUUGUAAUCCCCAUACAAACAGUUGAAGAAGCUGAGGCUGCCCGAGCUCUUCUCAUCAGACAUAUCAGACUUUGUAUUUCAUCUUCAUCGAUGAUCGACUCCCGUCAAACACGGAUUGUUUUGGCCGUUCGGGCUAUUUCUGACGUUAUAAUGCAUCAACUGACAGACGAAUUGACACAUCUGAAGAGGAAAUGCAAAUCUUGGCAAACGGAUAUUGCUCUUCUUCCCUUAAAACCCCAAAGCCAUGCUAUGAUUGAAGCCGCGGCUCUCGAUGAAGCUAUUGAUCAUUUCGGGCAGCAAAUGAUAUAUGUUUUAUUGUCACCGUUUGCUGAUUAUCAAAGAGAACUAUUGGACCGAGUGCGGAUUAACACUAUCAGGCAUUUUCAGGUAUUUUUAUUCUAUUUGGCUUACCUUGCUUCAGGUGUUCUUCCCCGUGCCAUUUGCGGAGUUCCAUCCAUUGAUCGUGAAUGCAGAUAGGAUAUUAAAUAUGGCCGAAAAGGAGCAGGAAAAGGCUGGCAUAAACAAUAACACCCAAAUGUUCUUCGAUCUUAAUAAUCAAGAAGCCCUGGAAGGGAGAAUCAGAUAUUUACGAGAUCUGAUCCCUCCCACAAUGGUAGCCCAACGCCAGCUGGUUGUGCACAAAGACCGUGGAUUCUUCGAUACCAACGAUUUCAGCGUUGUCUCGUUGUAUGGAACCGAUUACAUAAACGCCCGAUCUAAGUUGGCGCAGAAGACAGAUGACGGAGAAACAACCCGACUCCUGGAUCUCUCGGCGAUCUUCCUGAGCCAAGGAGAUGUCCACAUGCUUCGAUCAAUAGAACCUUCCUUGAGAAUACGGUAUCAUUCACGGAAAUGUAGCCCCGACCUGAGUCCUUCAGAUAUGGCGCGAUGCCAGUUGAGUCAAAAACAAUCCUUCGGCACGAAGUCGCAGCUCGCCCACGUGCUCUUUAGUGACCUUAGGAUCAUUCAUAACGUCCCGCCUUCAAAAAUAUUCCAGUAG